AUGUCGUCGCCAAGCCAGCCACCAGACCGAAUUGAUUCGCACUCUCAAGAUGGGACUCAAUCGCGCGAGCCAGCCCAACCCCGGAGGACGGCUUCUGCAAACGACCUUAAUCAAAGCGCCUCACUGCAAACUAUCAGGCUGGCGGAUGGUCCAGGAAGCGGACACGUGCUCGUUAACAGAGAAUGGUUGUCGAACGAUGUCCGCGGACGUGCUGACCAGGGCCCUCAAACGGAGACGUUGCCGCAAUCCUCAGAGCAGCGUCCUGAAGAUGCAAGAAUGCGACAUGGAAUCAUUGUACCGCAUCGGCGAGUUCAACGGCACCAACGGCACAUGGAUCGAACCAUGCGUGUGAGCGAACAACAGCAACAAGAUGCACUUCGUCCAGAACGAGCUAGACUGCUGGAUAUAGACCUGCAGCGUCUUUGGCUACCAGUUUUUGGUCAAGACGCGCCGCUAAACUCAACUCAACAGCCAGCCCAGUCUGGUCGGCCUCGGAGCUACAUGCCCUCUCUUCGAUCCCAACCUGAGUUCUAUAUGACAGGAGUGACAGCUGUCGACACUGCAGCGGAGCCUGUUGCCAAUGAUGCCGAAUGUACAAUAUGUCUGGAACCUCUCUCAGAUGAUGUGGUCAAGUUCCAGGCUUGUGGUCACAUGUUUCAUACAGUCUGUGUACAGAGUUGGUUCGAUCAGAGCGCGCCGCGUACGGGUCAUAAGCGAGGUCGUGGCCAAUUGCAUCCCAUAUCUUCUCCUAAUCGCGAACCAUUCGGCCACCGCGAAGAAGCAGCUGCUAUUAUACGACCAUCUAAUAGCGAUCGCCGCAGGCAGGCCAAUGAUGGCAUUCAACGACGUUUGGUGGGAGUGGAGCAACAGGAGCGUGCUGAACAAGCCCUGGCUGUCACUCCGCAGCAGUAUAUCACUAAUCGUCGAACACUGCAGGGCGAACCCAUCCGUAUAGACCGGCGUCCUCGCGCUGUUGCCUUGGAGCAUGUGAGAAAUGAUCCUCCAGCUCAAGAAGACGCGGAUAGUCUUCCCCAAAGGACAUCAAGUCUCCCUCACGGGGGAACUAUUCGCCGUCAGCAGGCUAGUGAAAUUAUGACUGAUGCAUUGCGGAUUAAUGAAUCUCCCAGAAAUUCGCAACUUGACAAUGGACGGGCGAACUCAGACACGUCGGACCACGUUUCCAAUGUUGGUGGCCCUUCUGGGACACCAUCGACGCCGCUGGGAGCCUCCGGGACGCCAACACCGACAGUGAACACACAAUCAGUACAACCACGUGAGUCUCGAGCCACUCUCGCAGCACGUGCGAUCGCACAGCGCCGCUCUCUACUACUGGAACCAGAUCUGAACAACAGAGACGCAGAUCCUCCACAGACCGUACGACGUUCAGCAUCAAGUUCUCAACAUACGACAGCUAAUGGAAACCGUGACCCUGUAUGGCUUCCUGAUUUCCAUGGCCAUCCGAGAGUCAUCAAUCCACAGCCUGAGCUUACACCGACUGAACGCGCUAUUCGUGACCUUCAACAGGAACAGAGCUUGUUGUUGGAUCGUCUUCGUGAGGUCCAAGACCAACUAGGUCGGCACCUGCAAGCAGCAGAUGCCUCUAGAGAGCGUACGACUGUAGUGCGUCGACCCGCUCCAAAUCACUUUCCACGUGAAGCACAGGAUGAUUUGUCAACUGGGCGGCCACCACCAAUCGCAAUUCCUCACCUUGCUGAUCCAGCGUUUCCUGACUUGCGAUCGGCUCGCGAGUUCCCUGAUCGAAGGGCUAUAGGCUCAGGAAUUAGUAUAUGGUCGGCUGAUUAUGUUAGCACAAGGGAACGCAACAACGAGACACAAGCACCUGGACGGUUACUUCCUUCCCUCUCGAACCACUCUGGCAACAGGCCAAUCGCCGAACCGCCCGCCAGGAUUUCAAGCAGCAAUGAAGAAAUCUCAUCAUCCCUGGUAAGCACAUAUCCUGCGACGUCAUCAGAUCAACAGCCUGCAUCAGCAGACAACUUGGGAUCGAGAUCAAGAUUCAGGUAGCGAGCCGAGGAGGUUCUAGAGCGUAUAAGCCGUGAACAGGCAGACAUGGAGAGGCUAAUAUCGAAUAGCAUGUCUUUGGAUCAGUCUCUCGUACCUGCACUCACUGAUGACGAUACUCCAGAGGC